GAAUCUUCAUGGAAAAUGCUUCUUGAAAUAAUAGAGGAGGUCAAUGAAAUAAUAGAGGUCAAAUCACAGCAAGCCUGAUCGGUUCUUCAUAGUUCUUCAAAGUCCAACUAUCUUUCACCAGAAUUCUGCUGCUGCAUCUGCUCCAACUAAACAAAAGAGUCGAGACCAGUGCUAAUUUGGUGGAUCUUCUUCCACCCACUACCUGUCUUCUUCGUAUCUUUGGCUAAAAAAAAUCAUGGGCAAUUUCUGCUCCGUACAAUGUAGUUUCGAGAAUUUCCUUCUUCGUGGCUGGGAUUUCAUUGUCGGUCAUGCUAAUUAUGUCUGCAAGCUUAAACAAACUCUUCCAACUUUAUCUGCUGCCCUUCAAGAACUGAGGGCGCUAAGAAAUGACGUGCAACGGGAGGUUGAUGUGGCUGACCAACGACUAUUGAAGCCAUUUGAGCGAGUUCAGCUAUGGCUUUCAACAGCGGACACUAUGAUAACAGAGGCUGAAAAUUUGGUUUCAAAUGGUCCUCAACAAAUGAAUAACUUGUGUCUCGGUGGUUGCAUUUCCGAGAAUUGCUUGUCUAGCUACAAGUUUGGUAAAAGGGUGGCCGAAAUGCUUCAAGAAAUAAGUGAUCAUAAGAGUAAAGGAGCUUUUGAGAAAGUAGCAGAGGAUCAGCCCGCCGCUUCUGUGGUAGUUAGACCUGUAGAGCAGCCGGUUGCUCUAGAAUCCACAAUCCAAAACCUAUGGAGCUGCAUCGAGGACAAAGAUGUGGGGAUCAUUGGCCUCUAUGGCUUAGGGGGUGUUGGCAAGACAACACUCUUGACCCAAAUUAACAACAAGUUCAGCACCACACGGAAUGAUUUUAAAGUUGUUAUCUGGGCGUUGGUGUCUAAAGAUUACGAUGUUGGAAAGAUUCAAGAUAGGAUUGGUGAAAGUAUUGGUUUUUUGGAAACCUGGAAGAAUAAAAGUGUUGACCAGAAAGCUGUAGAUAUCUAUGGAAUCUUGAGUGACAAGAGAUUUGUUGUAUUAUUGGAUGAUUUAUGGGAGAGGGUGGAUUUCAACCAAGUUGGGAUUCCAAAACCAAGCCAGGAAAAUGGUUCCAAACUUAUUUUUACUACUCGAUAUUUGGAGGUAUGUGGCGAAAUGGGUGCUCGAAAGAAAAUCAAAGUGGAGUGCCUGGAACCGGUGAAGGCUUGGGAAUUGUUCCAAGAUAAGGUUGGAGAUGAAACGCUCAACAGCCAUCCAGAUAUUCCAAACCUAGCUAAACAAGUAGCUGAAAGGUGCGGUGGGUUGCCUCUUGCACUAAUUACAAUCGGUCGUGCCAUGGCUUGCAAGACAACACUUGGGGAAUGGAAAUAUGCAAUUGAGAUGUUGAAGCGAUGUGCAUUGCCAAAAAUGGAAAAUGAGGUAUUUCCGCUUUUAAAAUUCAGUUAUGAUAAUUUGCCUGAUGCCACAAUGAAAUGUUGCCUCUUAUAUUGUUGUCUGCAUCCUGAAGAUUAUUGUAUUCCGAAAAAGAGAUUAGUGGAGUAUUGGUUUUGUGAAGGGCUAUUGAAUCAAUUUGAUAGAAUUAGUGAUGCUCAAAUGCAAGGAGACUAUAUUGUCAACUCUCUUCUUAGUGCAUGUUUAUUGGAAAGGGAUGGAGAAUAUUUUGUGAAGAUGCAUGAUGUGAUCCGUGACAUGACUUUAUGGAUUAUACGCGAGUUCGAAGUAACAGAAAAUAAUUUUUUUGUAAAAGCAGGGGCUCAAUUAUGUGAAGUACCAGAUGUUAAAGCAUGGGAAAGAGUAAAAAGAAUGUCAGUGAUGAAAAAUAAUAUUAAAGUUCUCAAAGAAACACCCGAAUGCCCAAACCUUAGAACCUUGUUUCUUGGCCAAAAUGAGUUGAAAGUGAUUAGCAAUGGUUUCUUCCAAUUUAUACCUCAUCUAACUGUAUUGGAUUUGUCAAGAAACUUUGGAUUACGAGUGCUACCUAAAGGAAUUUCGGAAUUGAUUUCACUAGAAUGUCUUGAUCUAUCAGCUACUUUCAUAGAAGAGUUGCCAAUAGAAUUGAAAUCGUUGACAAAACUAAAAAUGUUGGACUUGAGUUAUAUGCACAAUCUCAGUAAAAUCCCACGACAAUUGAUAUCUAAUUUUGUUAAAUUGCAAAUAUUCAGAAUAGGGCGUCUGAGGAGUGGAGGUUAUGGAGUUGACAAUGUUUUGUCUUGGGGUAUGGAAAAGCUUAUAGAGGAGUUGAAAGGUUUGCAACAUUUGAAUAUACUAUCGAUACCGAUAAAAGGCAUGAGUUCUCUGGAAAGAUUCCUGAGCUUUAACUUGUUUCGAUGCUGCACUCAAGCACUAGAACUUAGUGAUUUUGGAGUAAAAGUGUUUAAUGUUUUAUGUUUAGAAAAUAUGGAGCAUCUAGAGACACUAGAAUUCUUGAAUUGUGAAAGUAUGAAGGAGAUAAAAAUGGAAAAGCUGCAUCCCUGGGUUUUUUCAAGUACUAAUUAUACUUCACGCUUUCACACAUUGAGCACAGUUCGAAUUUUCGAAUGUAACAAAUUGAGAGACAUGACCUGGUUGAUUCUUGCACCUAAUCUAAGCUACAUUGGGAUAUUUGGGUGUAAAAAAAUGGAAGAAAUAUUGAGUGAGAGAAAACUUGAUGAAGUUACAAGUGUGAUUGGAAUUUCAUAUCCUAAACCAUUUCUGAAGCUUGAAACACUUCACUUAUUUCGUCUACCAAAAUUGAAGAGCAUAUACUGGAAUGCCCUACCCUUUCCACGUAUGAAACUUAUUCAUAUAUUUGGCUGCCGAUGGCUGAAGAAGCUUCCUCUCAACUCAGACAGUGCAAAAGGGAAUCUCCUCACUAUUGAGGGAAGCAAACAUUGGUGGGCAAGAGUAGAAUGGGAAAAUGAAGCUACUCAAUAUGCUUUUCUCCCUUCUUUCAAGCCUUUAGCUUCAUUCAAGCCUGCAUGAUAUGUAAAAAAUCCUAAAAACUGCAAAGUGCAAAGUGAUGCAUUGUUGUGUGACGUUUGAAUUUUGAAGAAAUAAGGCUGCUUGCAGUUUGCAAUAUCUGUAUUAAAAAAAAAAUAGCUGCUGCCUUUUUCUGUUUUGCUAUCAAUGUUCCAUUUGUCCUAAACAAUAAUGAAAUGUAAUGGCACUUGAGUUGAUCAUUAUCAAAUAUUUUCAAUUCAGUUUAACAA